AUGCAUAGAAUGGCCGACGAACUCAAAACCUCAAGAAGGCGCGAACACCGGUGGAAACUGAUCCUCUGGAGUCCAAAAAACACCAAGGAAGAAGAAAGGAAGGAGACGAUCGAACAGAUAAGAGAUGGCCAAAGGAAUCACAUCCCGAGCCAUUGGCGCGCACGACGAAAGAUCUCCGAAUCCACACGUUCAAAUCGCCUCAAACUUCACAAGGAGCCACAAAACAUAAGGUUGGUCGAUGAAAUUCAUUUCAGUACAAUGAAUUCCUUACAAUUCAAGAGAUGGCCGAUGGAGCAAAUUUGGCCGAUCGCGAGCAAGUAA